AUGGAGAUUUUCAACGGGUUUUCUGGCAGUUUUUUACGACAAACAGCACCGAUUUACGAUGGGAUAAGGGGCAGGUUUUGUUCACCAUUCAAUGUUUCUCCCUUUGGGGAAGUUAGUCAACAAGAUGCACCAUCUGAUAAUGGAGCUGCUUCUGCUACAAAAUUGAGUACUUGUCUUCAGGAAAAACAAGUUCGGGAGCCUUCUCAUCGGCGAAAAAGGAAAGCAACAAAUGGUAGGUCGGGAAGUGGCAGGGACAGUAAAACCCUAUCUCCAUUUGACGAUGGCGAGGAACUGACUCCGGAAGAUUUGGUGAGCAUUGCUGAAGAGUAUGUCAAAGCUGAUAAGAACGCAGGGCUGCAAGAGUUAUCAACUAGGGAAUGUGAUUUUGCAAGGCAAUUAUCAACUGCAGCCUCUCCCAAAGCCGAUUCGGAAAGUUCUCUCAUUGCCAUUGAUGGUAACCAGAAAUCACCGGCUGAUGAAACAACUUCUGAUUCAACCCGAGGUCCAAAAGAUGACAAAUAUUUUAUCAAUACCAACAGAACAGGAGAUCCUACUCAGGACAUGCUGGAUCUGUUUUUAGGUCCUUUAUUAAAGAAAACUGUGGAGGAGAAGAUGAGUGAAUUCGUUCCGAGGACAUUUUCCAAUGAAUUGGAAAAGGGAAGUCAGAAUGACGUUAAAGAAGAAACACUCCCAUUGACAAAGAAGAGGUGCACACUCAGGGACAAGGUAGCCAUGCUACUUGAUUAGUAAGAACUAAAGGCCUGUUAAUAAUGAUCAUAUGGUGAAUUAAACAUGAAAUUCAAGGCUAAUUCCGAUCUUCUUG